CCCGGGCGGCGUCCUGAUUUCGGUAAUCGUGGUCGCUGCGUUUCACGCAGCACCGGGCGGCGAAAGAAGCCUGGGCCCGUCCGGGGCGGGCCAAGAGGCGCGGGGAGAGUCCGCGGCGGAAGCCGGUGACUGACAGGUCGAGUCGUGCGUGCUGAGGCGGGCGGCAGGCACCCCCUGGCGGCGGAGGAGGAGAGCGCCAGACCGCGGGCAGGGCCAGGCUCUGGGGCCGCGGCGCUAAGCCGCCAAUCAGCGCAUACGGCCCCGCCCACGGCCCCACCCCGGCCCCGCGCGCGGCAGCCCUCAGUCGAAGCGGGCCCCAGCUUGGGCAGGCGGCCGGCGGCGUUCGGAGGAGCGAUGAAUCCGUUCCUGGACCUCCUCCUGUUCCUGGCCACGCUCGUCUACGCCUACUUAGAGGCUUUUGUGAAGCUCUUCGUCCCUGCGAGGAGAAAGUCUGUCAGCGGGGAGCUCGUGCUCAUCACCGGUGCUGGCCACGGUGUGGGGAGAGCGACGGCCUUGGAGUUCGCCAAGCGCCAGAGCAGGCUGGUUCUGUGGGACAUCAACAAGCACGGCGUGGAGGACACGGCAGCAGAAUGUGAAAGGCUGGGAGCCACUGUUCAAGCCUUCGUGGUGGACUGCAGCAAAAGGGAGGAAAUCUACAGUGCUGCGGAGAAGGUGAGAAAGGAAAUUGGGGAUGUCUCCAUCCUGGUGAAUAACGCAGGUGUGAUUACAGCUGCUGACCUGCUCUCAACUCAGGACCACCAGAUUCAAAGAAUGUUUGAAGUCAACAGUCUUGCUCACCUCUGGACUACAAGAGCUUUUCUGCCAGCCAUGAUGAGCAACAACUACGGUCACAUUGUCACGGUGGCUUCAGCAGCAGGUCAUUUUGUGACUUCUUUCAUGGUGGCUUAUUGUUCAAGCAAGUUUGCUGCGGUGGGUUUUCAUAAGGCUCUGACAGAGGAGCUGUCUACCCUGGGAAAGGAUGGAAUAAAAACUACAUGUCUUUGUCCAAUUUUUAUAAACACUGGAUUUGUCAAAAACCCCAGUACAAGGCUAGGAAAGAUUUUGGAGACUGAGGAAGUUGUAGAGGCCCUGAUGGAAGGAAUACUGACCAACAAGAAAAUGGUUUUUGUUCCAUCAAUUCAACGCGUUGCUUUACUUCUUGAAAAGUUGCUUCCAGAACGUGCCUUGACUGUCCUGAAAAAGCUGACUGAUGUCAAGUUUGAUGCAGUCAUUGGGCAGAGAAGCACCCAGUGAAGAGUGAAAAUCAAUCCUCAUUUCCCAGUGGCACCAGUGAAAACAGAACACGUGCUGAAUGUGGUUCAGCUGGUUUGAUCCAGAGCAGGGCUAGGACAGAUGCUUCCAGGACUCCAUUUCCAGCCAGACCUAAGGGUUUCUCCCACACCUGCGUAACACGGAGCGAUAACAAAGCGGAGAUGCAGCUCUGGAAGUCUGAAGGGCAGCUUUGGCUCUGCGUCGCAUCACCUGCACCUCCGAGCGCUGAGGCAGACAGGAAUUGCCGCAGAGCCCGCCUGUGGGACAGCAUGGCUGCCUGCUUGGGUGCCCGGGGAUUGCCUGAGAGUAUGUUCUUCUGGACUCAUCCCUCAGCAAAAGUAUCUUGCAAGAAUCAAUUUCUAGAGGAGGUGAGUGGCCUGGUUCAGCUCAAUUUAUAUUUUUUAAUUUAAAAACCGCUCUAAUGCACACAGAAUUUGAUGUGAUUUUGUAACAGGGACCCGAAAUAAUACAGCCUUAUAUGUAAUUGCAUCAAUUAUGUACUAGCACCAUCAACACUACUUAUUCCAGAUAAAUACAGUUCUUUAACACAAA